AUGAAGCUGGUCAUCACGGGGCUGUCCAACACCUUUUACAGCUCUCCCACGCUCAACAGCCCGCUGACCGAGAGUGGCGUGACCUUGGCCUUCACACCAAGACGCCCGGGCUUCGGCUGGGCCAUGAUACUGCCAGAGGAGGAUGCCAGGCAAGCCACCAAGGAGGAUGUCUAUAACCUCGUGGGUGCCUUGGGCGGGCCGUUCUGCAAGCACGGUCCAAGGCAGCUCUUCGCCUACCGUGAAGAGGCUGGGGACGUGCAGCAGAGCUGCGCUUCUGCUUGGGUCUUUACUGGAUGCCUUCUGACCGUGGGGAGCCGUUACACUGCUUUGGCCUACAUUGCGGGCAUCGGCGCGCAUUUGGAUGGCAUCGUUGAGACAGCUGCCUCAGACUCGGCCACGAGCGCCAGCAACGCCUACUCCACCUACCCCACCAUCUCGGGCGCCCCCAGUGGGGAUGGCAUCACCGUGCAGCUGCGCGCCAGGUCCACCGGCUAUCUUUGGUUGAUGAUCACCGAGGGGCCCGUGGCCCUGACCAUCGACAUCAUCAAGGCGGGUCAGGGUGCCGUGGGCACUGACAGCUGUCGGCUCCUCAUGCAGCCCAUCGACACGGCGUUGCCGCGCGGUCGCGAGAGGGGCAAUGCUGUCUUCAUGGUUGCCCUUGGGCAGUCUGUGCGUCUCUCGGGCUGCAAGCUGAACUCGGGCCCAGAGUAUGCGCUCCACUCCUACAUCGAGGGCGAAGGCUCCGUGCAGAACGACGGCAGCUUCGCGGGCACAGUGACGUUCCAAGUCACGCCUUCGAACAUCUUCGUGGUGUACCCCUCCAUUGUCACUGAGAUCACCGGACGCGGAUUCAGCUUCCAGAUGACAUCCUCCUUUACAGGGAAGUUCUGGUCCAUGCUGAACAGAGGCGACGCGGAGCAAACAGUGGAGGCCUUGAAGGCGGGCACUGGGGCGCUGGGCACCGAAGAGUGCUGGCGCAUCGAGCAGCCGCUCACCGCAAGCUUGCAGGAGAUCCUCCUGACAAGUUGCCAGCUGAGUCGGGGGCAACUCUACAGCCUCUCUGUGUACAUCGAGGAGUGUCUUGCAAGCACGAUCGAACACGACUCCAACGGCAACAACGAUGGUGUCAAAGCUGGGCCGAUCACGUUCUACGUUAUGGACACCAACAGCUUCGAGGACUCCCCGCGGCCCUCGACCACCCCGGAGCCCGAGGGCUUCUCCUUGGGCUUCGUGGCCACGCGCCCGGGCUACGCCUGGGGCGCUUUGUUUGCGGACUACUCCGAGGCAGCGAGCUACUAUCAGAACGUUCCUGCCUUCCUUGACAGGUUCUACCCGGAGAGCAACGAGUCCUGUGCGCCUGCGAACCUGCCAGUGCUAGCCACCAACCUCUCAAACAUCACUUUCACCAGCUGCGGCCUGAACUACAGCACCAGUUAUUGGGCGCUGGUCUACAUCGAAGGCGUGGAAAAGAGCCGCUCGGGGGCCAUCUCCGCACCAGUGGAGGUGCCAGUGCCGGCCUCCAACACCUUCGAGCUGCAGCCGCUGGUCACCUCGGUGAAGCCCUACACGGCGCAGUUUGAGCUUUCCACGGUGAAAGGCGGCUAUUUGUGGAUCAUGGUGGUGCACAAGAACUACACCUCCCAGGUGGACGCGUGGGCGGUGAGGAAGGGCUCUUUGCCAGGAAAUGGCAUCGUGAACUGCUGGCUGGCGGACGUCUCGGUGAAUCAGUCGGUGGAAACCUUUGCAGUGGAGAACUGCCGACUCCUCGCCAGGGUCGAGUACCACGCCUACUUUUACGCCGAAGGUCCUUUCCGCGCCGAGGACGCCGAUGGCAUCCUGACAGGCCCUGAGCUGGUGUGGUACAACUCCUCCAACAGCUUCAUCAUGGAGCCACGCAUCAGAGGGACGAUGACCACAAACGUGUUCUACUUCAGCUUCACGCCAGAGAAGGAUGGUAACUUUUGGGCAGUGGUUGGCGACUCUUCCAUCGAAGGCGUUCUUACCAUCUGGAACAUCAAGAGCAUGCAAUACGGUCAGCCAGCCGCAGACUGUAAGCGGGAACGCCGAUUCGUCACGGGCGGUCUGGUGAAGGAUGAGGAGUUUCUCUUCUGCUACUUCCAGAGAGGGCCUGCAACGUACAAAGUCUACGUAUACCUGGAGGACACAAACGAGGCCGACGACGGCAUAAUGUCUACCAUGGGCAUUAUCGUGCCAGGUUCCGCGGAAGUGACCAACGAGUUCGCCUUCCGGCCGUACUUGGUGGAGCCGGAGACCAUCGGCGGCGUGAAGUUCUUCUUCCAGCCCUCGAGGUCGGGUUACGCUUGGUCGGGGCUCAUUGCGGAGUCCUCCUGGAACUGGCGGCUCCUAGCCAACAAUUCCAACGGCAACCACGCGGACAUCCAGAGCAUUGAGAUCUACGACAUCAUGUUCUUCGUGGACAUGGUGGGCGCACAGGACACGUGCUACAAGCAGGCUGAGCCCAUCGUUGCCGGCACAGGCUACACCUGGGAUCUCAGCAAUUGUGGCCUGGCCCCUGGCAUCCGCUACCGCCUCUUCGUGUACAUCAUAGGGGAGGAGUACUGGGAUCCUGUAGUGGACCCAGACGCCGUCUAUCGGUGGCCAUUUUGGACUACCUGGCACCGAGACAACGGGCGCGUGUCCAACGGCGUGCUGGUGGUACCUCCCUUCUCCAACGAAUGGGCCUGGCCGGAUGGCUAUCCCUACAUCUCCAAAGGACCCCACGGGAUGGGCAUGGACGUGACCUUCACGACGGUCAACCCCCAGGGCCUGCUGUGGGCGGUCAUUCAGGAUGUCGACAAUAUGAACUACACCAUCUAUGCGAUGAAGACGGCUGAGCGCGCUUGGGGCCCAGCGGCGUGCCGGCAGAUGAGAACCGCGGUGAACUUGGCAGCAACCUACACCAUGACCUUAACAGGCUGCAGCCUUUUGCCCACACCCAAGCUGUAUGUUCUCAUCCUCUACACGGAAGAUCAGACGGGCAUGGAUGAUGGCAAGCUGUCAGACCCUAUCUACUUCCAGGUCCCAGUGUCCAACGGCUUCAUCAUCCAGCCAUCUCUGGUUGGAGAGCCAGGCCUGGACACCGGGCUCAGCAUCAGCUUCGAGGCCAUAGCUCCGGGCAGGGUUUGGCUCUACGUGGCCACGAAAGCUGCAGCGGACUCCACGGUGAUCGUCAUUCCCAACGUCAAGGAUGGCGUCAACGCCUUCGACCGAACGAAUUGUAUGGUGGAGGGCAUGUACGUGCCGGCAGCCUUGCAGAUCAUCACAAUGCCGAACUGCCCCUUGUUGUACCUCAGCUCCUAUGUCGCCUACAUCUACAUCGAGGAUGAGAACUCGCAUUUCGACGGCACUUUGUCGACUCCCUUUGCCAUCGAAGUGGGCGUCUCCAACGGCUUCGAGGUGGAGCCGGCCUUGCUGUCGCAGCCCACCACGGACAGCAUCGACUUUCGCUUCACCCCCAAGAAGCCAGGAAGGGUUUGGGUGGUGGUCACGCCCUCCGCAUCCUUGGUGGAGCCCCCAACAAGGUCCCGGAUGGUGGCCAACUUUGGUGCCGUGGGAGCUCUCAGCUGCCGCAUCACAGCGGGCCUGAUCGAGGCCACAGUGCAGACCUAUUCGCUCACCGGGUGCCAACUCGACCCAGGACAGAUCUAUGCCCUGUACGUCUAUGUGGAGGACCGUCGGUUUCACACCGACGGCACUUUGUCCAGGACCGUCUUCGUGAAGGUCAUACGAUCCAACAACUUCGCGGUGAGCCCAGUGCUUCUCACACUGCCCACGCUCGAUGGCUUCGACGUGCGCUUUCAGACCACGGAUCCCGGACGUGUUUGGGCCAUGGCGGUGGACGCCAUUGGCGGAUCAGGUGUGACAUCCUUGUCCAUUCGCAGCCUGGAGGGGGCCCUGGGUGGUCCUGACUGUUAUCUCCAGGAUGUGUCUAUUGAUGCGAGCCUUCAGAUCUGGAACUUUACAGACUGCCGGUUCCAGGACAGCAAGACCUACAUGAUUUUCAUCUAUGUGGAGGCCUGGCCCUCUGUGGAGGGCGACGGCAUGCUGUCAGGGCCAAUGAUCGCCUCCUUCUUCGAUGCCUCGAAUGUGUCCCUAGAGGACGCAGGCACGGGAGACGUGAGCCCGGUGCUCAUCGUGGAGGACAUACCCAUCGUGUCGAAUUGGUUCCGGGAGGACCCUCGGCAGGCGGGCCAGGCCGGGCCCAAUGGCGCCACAAUUGUGCUGCGGGCCGCCCUAGCGGAGGGCCGGCUCUUCAUGCUGCUCACCCGCUACCGGCCCCAGGUCAGCGGAGAGACGGUCUACAACGGCUGGAACGCUGUCGGAGGUUUGGGUUGCCAAAAACUGGAUAUGCCCAUCACAGACCAGGUCACAACUGUGCAACUGUCAGAAUGCGGAUUGUUGCCGGGUCGGUACUACUUCGUCUUCGCCUACGUCACUGGCCCCGAGGGGGGGCUGAACGGCACCUUGAGCCCAGCUGUGGAGAUCUUCGUUCCCACGGCCUCCAAUAGCUUUGCACAGAUGCCGCUGCUGCUGGCGACGCCCACCACCACGGAAGUGCAGCUUUCCUUCUCGGCCACCCAGGAGUUCGGCCUGGCAUGGGUGAUGCUAGUGGAUGCGUGGCUUGCGUACAACGUGAGCAUCGCCAAUGUGAAGACCUUCCAGAAUGCAGUGGGUGGCACUAGCUGUCGCAAGGAGGCCAUCAGCAUCAGCACCUCCAUUCAGGAGGUUCUUCUGGCAGAGUCAGCGCCUAAUGCACGGGAUGGUUGUGACCUCAUUUCCGAUGGUAUGUACGUCGCAGUCGUGUACAUUGAGGAUACCAACGGUCUUGAUGAUGGUUCGCUCGAAAAGCUCCUGGUCCACGUCAUCCCAGAACUGCCUGCGUCGAAUGCCACAACGGUCACAACUGACGCUUCCAGCAACAAGACCGUCACAAGCCUCGGCCACAUCCGUGUGACCUGGCUCCAGAAGGAGACCGACGCUGGCGGGCCUGUGGAUCGAUACCGCGUGUUCUUGAACGGGACGGAGGUCUAUGACGACUUCGGCAUUCGAAGUAGUCUGGAACAGUCCCGUGCUGGCUCCCCACCCCAGUGGGUGCGAAUGGUGGACCUUGCCUGCACUCCAGGCACCAGUUUUCAGAUCACCUUGUCCGGCAGGAAUUAUGGCGGCUGGUCGGCACUCAGCGACCCGCUGGAUACUGGUUGUUUCCUUACACCAGGCAGCACAUCUAACCUACAUGAGGUCCCUGGAAGCAGAGGCACGGCCUCUUUGUCUUUGGCUUGGACCGCGCCAGUUGACGUUGCUGGUGCAGAAACGGCCUUCUACAACGUUUACCGGGACCAGGGCCUCCGUCAAGCUCUGUUCCAGCUCAUUGGCACCAGCGUUGUGCCGAGUUUCCAUGACACUGGUCUUGAUGCCGGAAGAGCCUAUGGUUACCAGGUCGCAGCUGUGAAUGCUUUUGGAGAAGGACCCGUCAGCGACGUGCUGUUUGUGCAAGCUGUGCCCACGCCAACCACAAGCGCAACGGAGCUGAUGGGCAUUUUGAAUCAGGCAAGCAUCCAGCUGAGCCCACCUGCCACACAUGGUGUCCUGGAUGAGUUGGAUGGCGUGGUGCAAAUCUACAGUGACGUGGCGCGGGACCUGCGUGUAGAAAGCUAUGCGAGUCAGCGGUUGGCCCACCUGGCGAUCUUUGGGCCAAUCAUUUUGACCCUCGAGGUGAUUGAUCUGGUCGGCAGCACGGGGGAGAACGACCCAUGCCAAGAAGCUCGGUUUGCCCUCGAUGUACGAGGCUCGCAUGAAGAGUUUUGCGCGGGCGAUGCUGGUGGUGGCAUGGCCUGGACGUUGCAGUAUGGCGAGUUCGCAAUCGUCAGCUGGAAGACAGGCUGGCUCUCCGCGAGCACGACAUCAUUGAAUGGAUGGUAUUUGUCGCUGAAGCCAAUUGUUUCUUGA